AUGAAUAGCAAGGGAUCACUCAAGUCUUCAAGUUCUGAGUUGGAUUUUGAUCGACCCAACAUCGAGGAUUACCUCCCUUCUGGAGUUGCCAUCCAACAAGAACCUCGCGGCAAGCUUCGCCUGCAUGACUUGCUUGAUAUUUCUCCUACUUUGUCUGAGGCAGCCGGUGCUAUUGUAGAUGAUUCAUUCACAAGAUGCUUCAAGUCAAAUCCUCCAGAACCAUGGAAUUGGAAUAUUUAUUUGUUUCCUUUGUGGUGUUUUGGAGUUUUUAUUCGAUAUUUGAUAAUAUUCCCCAUAAGGGUUCUUGUGUUAACAAUAGGAUGGAUAAUAUUUCUUUCUUCCUUUAUCCCAGUGCACCUCCUAUUGAAAGGACAUGACAAGUUGAGGAGGAGUAUUGAGAGGUCUUUGGUAGAGAUGAUGUGCAGUUUCUUUGUUGCAUCCUGGACUGGGGUUGUCAAGUAUCAUGGACCGAGGCCCAGCAGGCGACCAAAACAGGUUUUUGUGGCCAAUCACACUUCCAUGAUAGAUUUCAUCAUCUUAGAACAGAUGACUGCUUUUGCUGUUAUUAUGCAGAAACAUCCUGGAUGGGUUGGACUGUUGCAAAGUACCAUUUUGGAGAGUGUAGGAUGUAUCUGGUUCAAUCGGUCAGAGGCGAAGGAUCGAGAAAUUGUGGCAAGAAAAUUGAGGGAACAUGUCCAGGGAGCCGACAACAAUCCUCUUCUCAUAUUUCCCGAGGGAACUUGUGUAAACAAUCACUAUACCGUCAUGUUCAAGAAGGGUGCAUUUGAACUUGGCUGUACAGUUUGCCCGGUCGCAAUCAAGUACAACAAAAUUUUUGUCGAUGCUUUUUGGAACAGUCGAAAGCAAUCAUUCACUACACAUCUAUUGCAGCUAAUGACAUCUUGGGCUGUUGUUUGUGAUGUUUGGUACUUGGAGCCGCAAAAUCUGAAGCCAGGAGAGACAGCCAUCGAGUUUGCGGAAAGGGUGAGAGACAUAAUCUCACAUCGUGCUGGCCUUAAAAUGGUUCCUUGGGAUGGAUAUCUGAAGUAUUCUCGUCCUAGCCCAAAGCAUAGAGAAAGAAAGCAACAGAACUUUGCUGAGUCGGUGCUGCGGCGCUUGGAAGAAAAAUGA